UGAGGCAGGACACGUCCCGCUCUGACGGACAUAUAAAGGAGGGUUCCGGCUGUUGGAGGCAUUCAUUCUUGGACGAGCACGCAACAAAGUUUUUCAAAAUGUCUGGCCGCGGAAAAACUGGAGGAAAAGCCAGAGCUAAGGCUAAGACCCGUUCGUCUAGAGCUGGACUCCAGUUCCCCGUGGGUCGUGUUCACAGGCUGCUGCGAAAAGGAAACUAUGCGGAGCGCGUCGGUGCCGGAGCUCCGGUCUACCUGGCGGCUGUUCUAGAGUAUCUGACUGCUGAGAUCCUGGAGUUGGCUGGAAACGCUGCCCGUGACAACAAGAAGACCAGGAUCAUUCCCCGCCACUUGCAGCUAGCUGUCCGCAACGACGAGGAGCUCAAUAAACUACUGGGUGGAGUCACCAUCGCCCAGGGCGGCGUCCUGCCCAACAUUCAGGCGGUGCUGCUGCCCAAGAAGACCGAGAAACCCGCAGGGAAGGCAAAGUAAACCUGGAUCAGCUGUGAUCAAUGAAACGGCUCUUUUAAGAGCCACACAAACUAACUAAAGAAUACAUUUUUCAUUUGUGAGCUAAGCUCUUCCUAUUACUUAAUACUUUAUACAAGUUACAUCUAAAUAUAUUAUAUUCAGUUUAUUAUAUAAUGACAGACUAUUGAACAAAACAAAUACACUUCUAUUCUAUG